GGAAUAGCAAGGUAUUUUGCAUAUCGUAAACCAACCUUGAGUGGAUCCGAUUGAGAUUGCCGUGAAAGACGCUAUGCCGUACCAACAGUUUGUGUACGUCUGAAAACGAUUGGUAGAAUUUCGAAAUUCUAACUGUGAGUGUAACUGGCCGGUAAAUACCACAUCCCUAAGAAAAAUGGCGGAUCAAGGGAUCAAAAUACUGGACACUGCUGAGGACAUCACAGAUCGUCGUAAGCAGGUCUUAGAUCGAUAUGAACAUUUCAAAGUACUUGCAGCAGAACGUCGACAGAAAUUAGAAGAUGCCAGGCAGUUCCAGUACUUCAAAAGAGAUGCAGAUGAACUUGAGUCCUGGAUAUUGGAGAAGCUGCAGACAGCAUCAGAUGAAAGCUGGAGAGAUCCUGUUAAUCUGCAGGGAAAGCUUCAGAAACACCAGGCCUUCGAGGCAGAGGUGGUUGCCCACAGGAACAACAUUGAUGAGCUGGACGUCCAGGGCAACACCAUGAUUCAGCAGAGCCACUUUGCCUCUGAGACCAUCCAGGCCCGUCUGGAUGAGUUGCAUCGGCUAUGGGAUAUGCUGUUGCUCAAGCUGAGGGAGAAGGGCAUUAAACUUCUCCAGGCUCAGAAACUGGUUCACUUCUUGCGAGAAUGUGAUGAAGUUAUGUCAUGGAUUGAAGAUAAGCAAGCAUUUGCUUCAUCCUCUGAGACAGGCCGUGAUCUAGAACAUGUGGAAGCACUACAGAAGAAAUUUGAUGAGUUCAACAAGGACCUUCUUGCUCAUGAAGAUCGUGUAGAAGCUGUCAAUCAAGAAGCAAAUAUGUUAAUUAAUGAGGAACAUCCCGAAUCUGACAUCAUCAAGGACAAACAAGAGGAACUGAAUGAUGCAUGGAAUCAAUUGAAGCUGCUGUCAGUUGCCAGAAAAGAGAAACUAUUUGGUGCUAUGGAGAUUCAAAGAUUCAACAGAGAUGCAGAUGAGACAAUUGCAUGGAUUAAUGAAAAGGACACCAUGCUGUCAACUGAUGAUUACGGCCGUGACCUAGCUAGCGUUCAGGGCUUACAGCGUAAGCAUGAUGGGCUUGAGAGGGACCUCAAUGCCUUGGAAGAGAAGGUUGUAGCUUUGUGUCAGGAGGGAGACCGUCUUGAAAGUACCCAUGAAGUUGAUGCACCACUCAUCGAAAGCAAGAGAAACGAGAUCUCAUCCAACUGGGAAAAUCUCAAAGAAAAGGCUAACAAUCGACGUAUUCGUUUGGAAGAGUCAUACAAGUUACAACGGUUUUUGUCCGAUUACCGUGAUCUUACCAUGUGGACAUCAGACAUGAAGGCUUUGAUCAACGCUGAUGAGCUUGCAAAAGACGGCCCCGGGGCCGAAGCACUCAUUGAACGUCAUCAAGAACGUAAGGGUGAGAUAGAUGCUCAUGAAGACAGGUUUAAAGCCACAGAUGAUGAAGGUCAAGAACUAGUGGACACUGACCAUCCAGCCAAAGAUGAAGUCAAGGAUAAACUUGCAGCACUUGAAAAUGAGAAGCUCACCUUGCUACAACUGUGGGAAACCAGACGUGUGUUGUACCUGCAGUGCAAUGACCUGCAGAUAUUUUACCGUGAUGUUGAACAAGCUAACACAAUGAUGUCUAAACAAGAGGCUUUUCUUGCUAAUGAAGACCUUGGUGAUUCUCUGGAUGGUGUUGAGGCACUGAUGAAGAAGCAUGAUGACUUUGAGAAGUCCCUUAGUGCACAUGAAGAAAAGAUAAAGCUCCUUGAUGAGUUUGCGUCAGAGUUGAUUGAUCAAGACCACUAUGCGGCAGAUGAUGUCAAUGAUAAGAGAGAUGCGUUGCUAGACCGUCGUAUUAAUAUCACAGAUAAAUCUGCUGAUAGGAAGAAGAUAUUGGAGGAUUCGUACCGCUUCCAGCAGUUUGACCGUGAUGCAGAUGAGGUCAAAUCUUGGAUCAGUGAGAAGCUACGAGUCACACAGGAUGAGUCUUUCAAGGAUCCAUCCAACAUGCAGGGGAAGCAACAAAAGCAUCAAGCAUUUGAGCAAGAAUUGAGUGCCAAUCAGACACGCGUAGAGAAUGUCCGCGACUUCGGCGAGGAGUUAAUUGACCAGGACCACUACAACAAGGAAGAGAUCCAGAAGAGGAUUGAUGAGAUCAACCAGUUGUAUGGACAGCUUCUUCAAAUGUCUGGCACUAAAUCAAUGCGACUUCAAGAGGCCCAAUCCAGCAUCACUUUCACCCGUAAUGUGGAUGACAUGGAUGCUUGGCUGACAGAACUUGAUGCACAAUUAGCAUCAGAUGAUUAUGGCAAGGAUUUGGCAAGUGUUGCAAGUUUGAAAAAAAAAUUAGAAACAAUCGAAAGUGACAUUGUUGCCCGAGAAGAACGUGUUGUAGCGUGCAAGGUCCAGCGGGAAGAAUUUGCACAGCAGGGUCAUUUUGAUGCCGACAACAUUGCCAAAAAGGAGGAGGUCGUCGCUGCUAAGUACUCCAAGCUUCAUGCCCCGUUGUUAGCCCGUAAAAAGAAGCUGGAGGAUUCGUACCGACUUCAACAGCUGCUGCGCGAUUUGGAGGAUGAAGAGACAUGGAUCCGAGAAAAGGAACCAAUUGCUUCAUCCACCAAUCGUGGCAAGGAUCUGAUUGGAGUGCAGAAUCUUAUCAAGAAACACCAGGCGCUGAUGACCGAGAUCCAAGGACAUGAACCACGCAUUAAGUCUGUGUGCGCACAAGGACAUGAAAUGGUGGAUGAACAACACUUUGCUGCUGAUGAUAUCCAGCAUAAAGUGUCAGCUCUCGAGGCCAGAUGGCAAGCCCUAAAGGAUAAAACAGCAAGCAGAAAGGAGGAUCUGGAUGAGUCUUUGGAAGCACAGCAGUACUUUGCCGAUGCCAAUGAAGCCCAGUCCUGGAUGAAAGAGAAGGAACCCAUUGCUGGAAGCACAGACUAUGGUAAAGAUGAGGAUACUGCUGAGUCUCUUCUUAAGAAGCAUGAAGCAUUAAUGUCAGACUUGACUGCAUAUGGCUCCACAAUCGACGCCCUCAAGUCCCAAGCCGAAGAGUGCAGGCUGCAAGAAUGUGCUGACUACACCCAACAGCAACAAAUUGCCCCAGUGAGUGAUGAUGCCAGUAAGGAGAUUGUCCUGGCUUUGUACGACUACACUGAAAAGAGCCCUCGUGAGGUGUCCAUGAAGAAGGGUGAUGUGUUGACCCUCUUGAAUAGCGCAAAUAAGGACUGGUGGAAAGUCGAAGUCAACGAUCGCCAAGGUUUUGUUCCUGCUGCUUACGUCAAGAAGAUCGACUCCACCGCGGCCUCGCAACCGGAGCUCGUCGAAGAAGCGAGCAGCAUCAUGGCCCGUCAAGCUGCGAUUGAAAACCAGUAUGCUGACCUUUUGGAGAUGUCUGACAUCCGCAAGAAGAAGCUGGAAGAAUCCUGCAAACGUCACAUGCUGAUAAGAGAAGCAGCUGACCUCAUGCAAUGGAUCAAUGAUAAGGAAGCAGUUGCCACAAAUGCUGAGUUGGGUGAUGACUUGGAGCAAGUGGAAGUUCUACAGAAGAAGUUUGAUGACUUCCAGAAGGAUCUUAAUGCUAAUGAGAAUCGCUUGACGGAGAUCAAUGAGCUUGCUGAUACCUUGGAGGAUGAUGGCAGCCCAGAGGUGAUCCAGUGCAAGACGGCAAUCAAUGAAUUGAACCAAAGAUGGAAUGAGCUCCAGCAAUUGGCCAACGAGAGAAGUGAAACUCUUGGAAGUGCACAUGAGGUGCAAAGAUUUUUCAGAGAUGCUGAUGAGACCAAGGACUGGAUCAAUGACAAGAACAAUGCUCUGAACACAGAGAAUUAUGGUCAAGACUUGCACAGUGUGCAGGCCCUACAGCGCAAGCACCAGGGCCUGGAGCGUGACCUGAAUGCCCUGGGCAAGCAGGUACAAUCCCUGGAUGAGACUGGCAAACGUCUGAUGGACAGUCAUCCAGAAUCAGCUGAAGCAAUCCAUGAAAAGAAGAGCGAGAUCAACAAGGAUUGGGAAGCAAUACAGGAGAGAGCCAAAGCUCGCAAGGAUAAGCUGAUGGAUUCCUACGAUCUCCAGCGCUUCUUGAGUGACUUCCGUGAUCUCAUGUCUUGGGUUAAUGGUAUGAUGGUUCUUGUGUCAUCGGAUGAACUGGCUAAGGAUGUUACAGGUGCAGAGGCACUUCUUGAAAGACACCAGGAUCUAAGAUGCGAGAUAGAGGCCAAGGCAGGAGCCUUCCAGGGCUUUGAGGCCUUUGGGGAGCAACUCCUUCAGCAUGAGCAUUAUGCUAGCCCACAGAUUGAGGAGAAGUUGCAGAUGCUGAAACAUGAGAGAGAAGAACUUGACAAAGCUUGGACAGUGCGCCGCAUUCAGCUUGACCAAUGCCUUGAGCUGCAACUGUUCCUCCGAGAUUGUGAACAAGCCGAGGCAUGGAUGGCAUCUCGUGAGGCUUUCAUUGCCAACAAAGAGGUUGGAGGAUCCUUGGAUGGUGUUGAAGCAUUGAUCAAGAAGCAUGAAGACUUUGACAAGGCCAUCAAUGCACAAGAGGAGAAGAUCUCAGCACUGAAAUCUUUUGCUGACCAACUGACUGCUGCAGACCAUUAUGAUGCACCAGCCAUUGCUGAGAAACGAGAUCAGGUAUUGGAGAGAUGGCAGAAUUUAAAGGAGGCUUUAGUUGAGAAGCGUUCUAAGCUAGGCGAGACCCAGACCCUGCAGCAGUUCAGCAGAGAUGCUGAUGAAGUCGAGGCCUGGAUUGCUGAAAAGGUCCAAGUGGCCGGUGACGAGUCGUACAUGGACCCCAGCAACAUUCAGAGCAAGCACCAGAAGCAUCAGGCAUUUGAGGCAGAGUUGGCUGCCAAUGCCGACAGAAUCCAGGGUGUAAUGGCAGCUGGACAGAGAUUGAUCGAUGAUAACCAGUGUGCUGGUACAGAGGAAGCUGUAAGUGCUCGUAUCAAGAGCCUCGGUGACCAGUGGGUCUACCUGACAGAGAAGUCCUCUCAAAAGACCUUGAAACUGAAGGAGGCCAACCGCCAGCAGAACUUUAACAUCAGUGUGAAGGACAUUGAAUAUUGGCUUACUGAUUGUGAAACUGCCCUCGCAUCAGAAGACUUUGGACGUGACUUAGCCUCUGUGCAGAACCUUCUACAGAAGCAUCAACUGCUGGAAGAUGACAUUGCUGCACAUGAGGGACGAAUCAAGGAGUUGAAUGACCAGGCUAAUGCCUUUAUAGAUGCUGGACACUACGACUCUGAUGCCAUUAAAGAAAAGAGAGACAGUAUCAAUGAUAGAUAUGACAAUGUGAAAAUUUUGUCUGGCGAGCGCCGUAUCAAACUCAACGAGUCUCACAGAGUACAACAAUUUUACCGUGACAUUGACGAUGAAGAAUCAUGGAUCAAGGAGAAGAAACUUCUGACAAGCUCUGAUGAUUACGGCCGUGAUUUGACAGGUGUGCAGAACUUGCGUAAAAAGCACAAACGCUUGGUGGCUGAGAUAAACAGCCACGAGCCCUCAAUAAAGGCUGUUGCAGACUCUGGGAACCUCCUCUUGCAGGAACUCAGUGUGGCACCUGAACAAGUCCAGCAGCGGCUGGAUCAACUUGAUGUCAACUGGACAGAGCUCAGAACUCUUGCCUCUAAUCGUGAACACUACCUGGAAGAUUCUCUGGCCUUCCAGAACUUCUGCGCAAAUGUAGAGGAGGAAGAGGCCUGGGUGAACGAGAAGCAGAGUUUGAUGAACAGUGAUGAUUAUGGAGACACUCUGGCAGCAGUACAGGGAUUACUGAAGAAGUACAAAGCUUUUGAAACUGAUCUUGGUGUUCAUCGUGAAAGAGUUGCAGAUAUUCAGAAUGUUGGAGAAGAACUUAUCAAAGUGGAGAACUUCAACUCUGAAGCUAUUGGUCAGCGUACCGAAUCACUGAAUGCUAAGCUAGCAGCCUUAGAACAAGCAGCUCUGCUCCGUCGCUCCCGUCUGGAUGACAAUUCAGCUUUCUUGCAGUUCUACUGGAAGGCCGAUGUGGUCGAAUCCUGGAUUGCGGACAAGGAGAGCAUGGCCAACUCAGAUGACUAUGGCCGUGACCUGUCAUCUGUCCAGACGUUGCUGACUAAGCAAGAGACCUUUGAUGUUGGUCUACAUGCCUUUGAGAAAGAGGGCAUCACCACUAUCACAUUACUGAAGGAUCAGCUGGUGGAAGCCGAGCACGCUCAGACCCCUGCCAUCCAACGCAGACAUGCCAACUUGAUUCUCAUAUGGGAGAAACUGUUGUCUGAUUCGAAGGCUCGUCGCCAAAGAUUACUGCGGGCGCAGGAGCAGUACCGUGAGGUUGAAGAUCUAUUCCUGCUGUUUGCAAAGAAAGCCUCUGCCUUCAACAGCUGGUUUGAGAAUGCUGAGGAAGAUCUUACAGACCCUGUGACAUGUAACUCAGUUGAAGAGAUAAAGGCUUUGAAGGAGGCCCAUGAUGCUUUUACCACUUCCCUGAACAGUGCCCAAACAGAUCUCAAGCAGCUAGCAGCACUUGACAAGCAAAUCAAAAGUUUCCAUGUAACAACUAACCCAUACACCUGGUUUACCAUGGAAGCCCUGGAAGACACCUGGCGUAACCUGCAAAAGAUCAUCAAAGAGCGUGAGGUGGAUUUGAACAAGGAGCUCAUCAGACAAGAGGAGAAUGACAAACUGCGUAAACAGUUUGCCCAGCUGGCCAACACUUUCCAUCAAUGGCUCACCGAGACCAGAGCCUUCGUAGCUGGAGGGGUUGCUAUGGUUGAAGAGUCUGGAACAUUGGAGAUUCAGCUAGAAGCUUUGAAGCAAAAACUUACUGAGGUUCGCAACCAGAAGAGUCAGCUGAAGAAAAUUGAGGACCUAGGAGCUAAACUAGAGAAGCGGCUUAUCCUAGAUAAUCGUUACACGGAACACUCCACCGUUGGUCUUGCCCAGCAGUGGGAUCAGUUGGAUCAACUGGGAAUGAGAAUGUCUCAUAACUUGGAACAGCAGAUCCAGGCCCGUAACACAACUGGUGUGAGUGAAGAUUCAUUGAAGGAGUUCAGCAUGAUGUUCAAGCAUUUCGACAAAGACAAGACUGGACGUCUCGACCAUCAUGAGUUCAAAUCUUGCCUGCGCUCCCUUGGUUAUGACCUUCCAAUGGUGGAAGAAGGUCAAGACGACCCAGAAUUCCAAGCUAUUCUGGAUAGUGUUGAUCCAAACAGGGAUGGACAAGUUUCUUUGCAAGAGUACAUGGCAUUUAUGAUUAGUAGAGAAACUGAAAAUGUACAAUCCAAGGAUGAUAUCGAAAAAGCGUUCAGUUUGCUGAGUGCAGAAGGCAAACCAUACGUCACCAAACAAGAGCUGUAUGCGAACCUACCAACCGACCUCGCAAACUACUGCAUCAACAGUAUGUCACCAUAUUGCGACAGUAAGGGGCGCGAGAUACCAAACGCUUUCGACUAUGUACGUUACACCCAGGAUGUGUUCCAGCAUACCGCACCUGCAUCAGUUUAACCACAUUUUUUACCCCGAUUUAAUUUAAGAGUUCAUUGCACUCAAACACAAAUUAAUGUGAAGCUUGUAGUUUUAAGUAUUACACAAUUUUGUUAUUAGUUGAUUAAUCAAUUGAUUGAUUAUUAAAGUUUUUGUUGAUUUUUAAAAAAUAAUACAUAGGAAAUUGAUUGAUUUGAAAAAUAGGAAUUUAGAAAUGUUUAUUAUCACCAUCUUUACAGUUUUUUAUUUUAGCUUUACACCUAUUGAUAAUGCAUAAUAUAAUAAUUAUUACAUAAUUAUAAUAUGUAAUUUGUUGAUUUUCAUUACUGUAUCAUUUAUUGACAUUUGUUAACAUAUAUGUUACACCAAGACCUUUUGCAGUGGUUCACCAAAAUUAAUAGCAGGUAGAAAACUUUACCCCAUUGGACACCAUCCAUAUAUUUCAGUGUUUUGACAAUGUAAUUUAUUAGUCUAUUUCGUGAAUACUUUACCAGGUUAAGCCAAUGAAUGCAUAAGUUUCUAAUGACGGACACGCCCUUAUUUGUUUCGGCUGCGUUGUUAUCCCGCAUCCUAUGUUACUCAAAAUGUUGAAUAGUUCAACUUUUUGUGGCAUCCUUUACUCGUAACUUUGGCUUUGUAAGAUGUUUUUGAAGUACUGUACUGUGUAGUAAAUUUUAAAAAUAUUCUAAAUAUUAGUUAUAUAUAAUACAAUUAAUACUAUGGAAUAUUUAGAGUCAGUAUUGAAGAAUGUGUGUUUUGGUUUUGGAGAAAAAUAAUGUGUUGGUGUGUUUGAAACUUUUUAUUGUAAUAACUUCUGUUAAACUCCAUAGAAAUAAUUGUUUGAAAGUAUAAAGUUAACAAAAGUUUGUGGAAUUCCAAUACAAUAAAUAAAUUCCAUCACACUAAGAAGAAAUUCGGUGUCUUAAACGUUCAUUAAAGCUUAAAAAUAUAUCAAUUUUAUAAAUGAAGUCAGCCUUCUUUAUAUUGGAGAAAGUUAUAAAAUUAAUCUGCAUUUGCAUGUAACUUGUAGUGACUAGCUUUGCUAUAUGAUAUUACAUUAUAAUGAUACUCGCAUGUGUAACAGCUUGUGUCUUUGUGCUUGUGAUUUAAUCGGGGUAAAGUGAAUAAAUUAAUAAAUGUGCACCUAAAA